AAAUUAAGCAAAAUCCAGCCUCAGAUUUUUGAAAAAAUUAAGAACAGUCAGCCUGAAAUUAAAUUUACUUGGUUCUUUUAAAAAGAUCCAUUUGCUUAAUUCAUUAACUGGACUGUGGAUUCAUCUUAUAAUAAUUGAUAUAAUGGUUCAGACCCCACUCCCCCUCCCCCCAUUCACUAGGAUUUGGGAGAUUCUCCACCUACCCCGUCAUUUCCAGACUUGAGUUGAAGCAGAAUUAGGUUACCAAUAACAAGGCUGUGACUUAAAGGGGGUGUGGGGUGGCAAAUGGACCUGAGCUCCCUCCUUAGUACAAGAUCUCGUCUGGACAUGUUGGUUACAACUGCCCCAGCCCUUGUCACGCCACUGCAUGUCUUUCUACAUGCUUUUUAAUCAAUUAAACUCAUAAAUACGGUAGCUUAUCAUUUCUGCGUACAUUUAGUCGAUCUGCUUGGUUUAGAAAAGAUCGAGGCUUCAUCCAAUUAGUUUUGACAGCUUAAUAACAAUCAUAUACCUUUCACAGGCCUAAACAUCAUGUGUCACUAACCCUUGCACUACAACUCUUUAUCAUCGAGAUCACAACAAUAAUACAUGUUAUUUUUUCUUAGAUUUGUAUUUGCGCUAAUCCUUCAAACGAGUUCGUUGGAUUAGACUAGGAUUAUACAUAGUCGAACAAGCUUCGUUUGCCCAUGUCACAUUAAUCCUUAUUGUGUUUGCAUUCGCCGAUACUGUGCAAUGAUUUAAUCUUGAUAAAAAGAUAUUAGGUUGAAUAUAGGACGAUCGAUCGAUUCCACGGAAUCUUGGAAUCCUGGACCUAGAUAGAAGGAGCAUUGGAAUUUGAGAUCAUGUUCAAGGAUUCUAGGCCCUGGAAGCUCGGAUUUGAAAGAUUGUAGAAUCGAGAAGACAGAUUAGAGAAUCAGCUAAUCCAAGUAGCAUCAAAUGAAAGAUACUCCCCUAAAAUGUACACGCCCAAAGUAUAGACAAAGAACAGAAGUUUUUCUUCGCAAUCAAGUAAUUUAUGGAACACUGUACUAUCUCCUUUUACAUUCCCAGCAUUUAAAAUUUCUUGAUAGUUCCAUCCUCCUUUCCUAAAUUGCAUUCUCAGAAUCUUAUAAGAAAAAGCUUCGCAUAUGUUAAUUCCAAGUUGACCUGAUGGUUGAUUCCAUGUUUUCUUGGUCCAGGUUUCCCACCUCGUUUGGAAUCCAUUCCAUGAAUUACACUCCCAUCGAUAUAGAAUUGACCUUCGCUGUAAAUCCUUUUAAAAGAACUCACUACCUCGUAUACACGAGUAGGAGCAGACAGUGAAAAUUGUUUCUCUUGAAGUUUUGUAGGAGUAAAUUCAUGACUCGCUCAACACUCCGCCAGAAGAAUCAUCACGCUUGAAGAAACGUCGAAUCGCAUUUGAAGUCUAUUAAUAUCGAAGAACGGGAUGAUAUUUCAUUGCUGAGGCACAGAGGGCUGUUAAAACUGCAAAAGAAAGCUGUAUAUUUGCCGAUUGAGGAAAGCAAAUGUGGAGGAAAAUUUAGUAAAUAUCAGUUUGGUUUCACCAUUACAAGGAUUUUUAGGCCUUUCUCACCGAACGGAGUUUGUGUCGUCUAGGCUAAAGCCAAAGUUUUCUCCAGUGGUGUCUAGUACAGUAUUUGAAAUUCUGGAUGAGUAAAAAACCGGCCUAAACCUCGACAAGAUGUGGUUUAUCGUGGUGACCUGCCGGAGUCUCAUGUACACGCUAAUAUCAAUCGGCACACUCAUGCUAGUAUUUGCUGCCAUAGCAACUCCAAAAUGGCUGAUAGGAAAGGUCGAACGCAGUAAACUGUACGGUAAUACAACGUAUCGACAAUCAGUGGGAAUCUACAAUCGUUGUACACAUGUAAACAAUCUUGUUAGCCAAAAGUUAGAACCAAAUUGCGGAAUUUAUGCAACAAGUUUUAUGAAGAUUGACUCUAAGGCAUGGCAAGCCUGUAUCGUGUUUUUAGGAAUUGCAAUAGUGUUGCUUGGUAUUGCUGCAUUCUUUGCGAUUAUGGCAUUCUGCAAGCAAAUUUGUAUGGAUAAAUCAGUGCUGAAUCUUGCAGGAGUGUUGCAAGGUUUUGCAGCUCAACACUCCGCCAGAAGAAUCAUCACGCUUGAAGAAACGUCGAAUCACAUUUGAAGUCUAUUAAUAUCGAAGAACGGGAUGAUAUUUCAUUGCUGAGGCACAGAGGGCUGUUAAAAGUGCCAAAGAAAGCUGUAUAUUUGCCGAUUGAAGAAAGCAAAUGUGGAGGAAAAUUUAGUAAAUAUCAGUUUGGUUUCACCAUUACAAGGAUUUUUAGGCCUUUCUCAUCGAACGGAGUUUGUGUCGUCUAGGCUAAAGCCAAAGUUUUCUCCAGUGGUGUCUAGUACAGUAUUUGAAAUUCUGGAUGAGUAAAAAAACGGCCUAAACCUCGACAAGAUGUGGUUUAUCGUGGUGACCUGCCGGAGUCUCAUGUACACGCUAAUAUCAAUCGGCACACUCAUGCUAGUUUUUGCUGCCAUAGCAACUCCAAAAUGGCUGAUAGGAAAGGUCGAACGCAGUAAACUGUACGGUAAUACAACGUAUCGACAAUCAGUGGGAAUCUACAAUCGUUGUACACAUGUAAACAAUCUUGUUAGCCAAAAGUUAGAACCAAAUUGCGGAAUUUAUGCAACAAGUUUUAUGAAGAUUGACUCUAAGGCAUGGCAAGCCUGUAUCGUGUUUUUAGGAAUUGCAAUAGUGUUGCUUGGUAUUGCUGCAUUCUUUGCGAUUAUGGCAUUCUGCAAGCAAAUUUGUAUGGAUAAAUCAGUGCUGAAUCUUGCAGGAGUGUUGCAAGGUUUUGCAGGUCUCUGUCUGUCAGUUGCACUUAUCACUUAUCCAGUUGGCUGGACCAGCGCGCGCAUUUCGCGCAUGUGCCAUGGUCCUAACGGUGAGUCACGUGCUUUCCAGAUUGGCCAAUGCCAGCUUGGUAUUAGUUACUAUUUUGCAAUUGCAAGUUGCGUAGGCGCAUUUCUUGGCUGUCUGCUGUCUGGGUUUGCUGACCGUUCAAUAUUUAGUAGUGACGUUCAAGAGGAGAUUCUUGAAGGCAAGCAUUUAAUUUGUGUUCCUUAAUGCUUGCGCUGUUCCUUAAUAAUUGUAGUGUGAAAAUAUUAAACAUGGCAUAGAAGAAAAGUCUCAUCACAAAGCCUCUCCCAUCUGUGGGAAAGCUUUAUUCGAAUUUAAAAAGAGCCCCCUUUCUAUUGAAUAGCCUUCUUGCCAUCGUAGAAACCUUCCUUACCAAAAAAAGAAGCCUCUUCGCCAUAGAAGAAUGUCCCCUUAUUAUAGAAGAAUACCCCCUUGCAAUAAAAGUAAGCCCCCCCGUCACCGUAGAAGACAAUAGACAAAAGCCCCUCUUCAACAUAGAAGUGACCCCCCCCCCCCUCCAUCAUAGAAGAAAGCCCUUUUGCCAUGAAGAACGUACCGAUAUCUACCUACCCCUGCUAGAACUUCCACGAACGUCCAGUGACAUUUUACGUACCACCAGGUUUACUGGACCAAUAAUACAUUUUGAACCGGGGGUGUCGAUGAUAUAAAAUGAUCCCGCAGGUCAGAUAUAAUUACACGCCGGACCGGAUAAGACCAGCGGGCCUUUAGCUUGACACAUGGUUUAAACAGUCUUAAAUGUCAGAUUCACUAGAUUGCCAUGAAUUUUGUCAAAAUUCAGCACAGGUGGCUGGACGUAAGGUAGUAUAAUUUUGUUUUAAUUAUUGUUUUCUGUAUUACAUACAGUAAGGCCCUGCAAAUAGGAAACAACCUUGACGAAAGUUCUAGAAUUAUUAUUUUAUGAAAAUCUUUGGUUUAUAAGAAUCUUUUUAAGCUGUCAGCCCCCCCCCCUCGUUUUGGGAAGCAAAAAUAUUUCCAAAGAGUUUUGUCUUGAAGCACUAAAAUCAAGUUCGACUUGUAGAACUUGGCCCCUCCACCUUAAAAAUGUGUGGCGUGGACCCUUCUGAACAGUAUUAUGUUCCUGACGGUAUAUUCAAAAAGACCAGUUGUAUCAUCAAACCAUCUUAGAUGUUACCAUAAAAAUGCUUUGAUAUUUUCUCCAGGAGUCUUCUUAUUGAGUUCAGCAUGAAAAGCAUAAUAACAGCCUUGCCCUAAAAUUUGUAAUUUUCAAAGCACUCUGGUUAAAUAACAUCAUCAUCGGUGCCUCGCUCUUUCUAUUAUAAAUUACGUUACCCUAGUUAAGGCCUAUAGUUAAGAAAACACGAUACCUAGCCUUGGAAAAUUUAAAAAACUUGUAAGAGACUUUUAGCCCAACGCAAAAAGGGCCGAUAUAUUGGAAAAUCUCACGGCUAAGUAGAAAAUAAGAGUUUCUUGUUUGCAGGGCCUGAUUGUAUCCAAAGCAUUGCGUAAUCGGCCCACUGAUCUGAAAGAAAAGACUGGAUCGAGCAACUUAUUACUGUCCUACAUCAGCACGAUGAAGCUGAUCGAGCCUCUCCAUCUUGAGACCUCUCGCGCCUAAAGCUUUGGGUUGCCAUUUGUUAAAACGGUGCACACACAGUGCUGCACCUUAAAUUGUGCAUUAAUCAUUAAGUUCUAAAAUAUUCUAAGAUACAACAGGCCUAGGAAAAUAAAUGAACAGUGAAUUCUUUGUUACAUCAGCUUAGUACUAUGGCAAACAUGUUCAACGUCACUUACGAAUGAUGCAAGUUUUUGUUUCAACGAUUACUUUAAAUUUUGCUAUAAAGAAGCAAGUUGAAUUGAAACCAACAUGAUUGCUCUCUAGUCUCAUACAACACAGCGAGGUCUCAAGAUGGAUGCUGCGAUGUGGACUCAACGCUGGGCUGGAGAAGCUCGAUCCAGUCUUUUUUUGAGAUCAGUGAAUCGGCCUCGUGUUGUCAUUGAAGCUUGGAGUGUUAUCUUCAAAAAUUUUUUACAGUUAAAGGCAUUGAGUCAUGAUAAAAGUAGGGGGUUUGUAGACUUCAUAGAAAUGGUAGACUUACUCUACAAGCCUCUGUUCCGCUACAGCCUCACUUGACGGACGCUUCAACAGAGUAACGAAACAGAGGCUUCUUGAAUAAGUCGAGGGGGUAUGCCCAAGUACACCUAGCCAUGAUUCUCGUCGUGCUGUAAUACUUUUGAUUGACCUAUGUCUGAUCACGUGAAAUUGCCUCAUCAUGUAGAACGACGUCGAAAGUAAAUCGAGGACGCCUAUUUACCAUGACUGAAUGUAAAUAGUUUUCAACUCGCAAUCUUCGUUUCUUUUAUCCGUCUAAUUAAGCUUAGGCCCAAAUGUUGUUGUUUUGUGCUCUGAUGAAGCCCCGUACGCCGGGGCGAAAUGUUAGUUACUUUUGACUUACAUGUGUUCUUUGUUGUUUGUUUUCGGCGCGUUGCCGUGUUCCUUAGUUUCUACAAGGAUUCUAUCGACGGUGCCUUUGUUUUGUUUUCUUGUUUUCUUUAGAUUUCAAGUUACAAUUAUGUUCAAAUAUAACGUUACAAUUAUGUUCUAACGAGACAUCUUUCUCCGCUGAUACACACUGUACAUAAUCAUAGACUCUUAUAGUCAAAAAUAGUCAAAAGGAACAGAAUAGUCAAAAGGAAUAGCAUGUAUUGCCAUAAGCAAUUAUCCUUGUGGAACAGCAUUACUUUUGGCCCUACAAACAUUGCCCAAAGUUCUUGAGCAGAAUAGUAAACAUUGCCGAAAGGCCUCUGUUUCUGUUUAUAUAAUCGCGCCUAGCUUUGUUUUUCCCACGACUGGUUUUCGUGUGUAUGUUAAGUUUGUGAUCACGUGAGGUGUUGUUGUUGUAGCUUAAACAAUGGUAGGUGACGUAGUUAGUGAUGCUAACAUGAUCAGCGGUCGACGAUACCAUCCACGUAGACUUGAGAAGGGUACGAUGGCGUAAUGGAUCACUCUCCUACAUUUAUCAUCAAACUUGGUUCAAAAUGUCACAAAGCUAUUUUGGUUUUUACGUUAUUUUCUCUUAUUUUUCUAAAGAGUGUUACUCAAACUUAAAGCAUGCAUUUAAAGUCUCCUUUGCAUCUCUGCUUGGCAUUUUUGAAGAGCUAUUGUUUCAUUUUCCACCUCAACAAAAACACUAGAAGUCCUUCCUUGGGUGAAAAUGCCCUAGCUAGGCCAUUCCUGGUGCUUCUGCCACUAUGCCUUGAGCUACGUCGUGUUUAGUCAAUUGUGUACUUUAUAAUGCUUAUAAGCAUCUGAUUGGUCAAUUCAAGGAACAGACAGCCAAUAAGAUAACAGAUUGUGCAAUGAUCCAGGCAUAGUCACUAUCAAAUCAAUUGGUCAAAACAAAUCGUUCAUCAACCUACGACUGAGACUGGCCGUCUGAUUAAGCCAAUCAUAAUAAUGAAUAAUAAUAUUCAAGAAAACAAAGUUAUUUCAACCCAAGCGAUGACAUAGGACCUUUUCUUUGACAUAGGCGUGACCUGGUCGAAACAUUCACAGAGCAUUUCAUUGUGCAUUCGAAUUUUGAAAUGAUGAAAUUUGUUCCAUUAUCGAUCAUUUCUUUAUCAGAAUGAUGAAACCUUGAAGUGACAAAAAAAAUUAUGGAUAUCUGAAUUUAUCCGGCGUUGGUGGACCAUAUGCAUCCUUCUCUUCAUUCGUGUAUUCGCCAGAGCUUUUACACGAAAAAAGCUCCGAAUAAUUUAUUCUAGUGAAAUGGUAUUAAUUAGAAUAAUUUACUCUUCACAAAUAAUAAGUUACCUAAUUUAUGCAAUGUAUUUAAUAUUAGAUUUUGACGUUUCCUCGAACUGCAUCUGGUGAUGUUUUAUUGAUAGAUCGUAGUUAUGAAAUAGUUGUCUGAAAUUUAAAAGAUAAAAAUACUAGUUGU